GUCUGCGAGAAAGUGAAGCUCAAGGGUUCGACCACUUAUAACGAAGUGGCGGACGAAUUGGUGGCGGAGUUCAGUAGCGAUCCGAUCGCCUCGCGGGCGGCCUUUCAGGGCGGGUAUAUGCCCGGAGAUCAGGAGCCCUUCGACCAGAAGAACAUCCGGCGCCGAGUCUAUGACGCCCUCAACGUAUUGAUGGCAAUGAAUAUCAUAUCCAAAGAGAAGAAAGAGAUUAAAUGGAUAGGACUGCCGACGAACGCGGCUCAGGAGUGCUCCGAACUGGAGUCCGAACGGGAGAAGCGUUUGGAACGGAUUAACGUGAAGAAGCAACAGCUCCGGGAUCUGCUCCUACAGCAGAUCGCGUUCAAGCAGUUGGUCGAGAGGAAUAAGACGAUGGGUUCAGUGCCGGCCACUAAUGCACUCAUAUCUCUGCCGUUCAUUAUUGUGAACACCGAGAAGAAGACUGUAAUCGAUUGCAGUAUAUCUAACGACAAGACGGAGUAUUUGUUCAAUUUUGACAACACUUUUGAGAUCCACGACGACAUCGAAGUACUGAAACGCAUGGGUUUGGCCUUUCAUUUGGAGAAGUUAGAGGACGGCCAGACUCUGGACCGCCAGGCGCUCGAUAGGGCUAAACUCAUUCUCCCCGAAGCCCUGCGCCCGGAGUUGGAGGAAAUGGUUGACGAGAAAGACAUAAAAGUAUUGCCGGUCAGUCCCAGAAAGUCUAGAAUUCAUUGA